UGCACUGGUGCGUGGGGUUUGUCGCUAUCUCUAGGCUGUUACGAUGCCCCAGUUAAGGUCAGGGAAAGUUGAGAGAGGGGUGAAGCCACCUGACAGGAUGGUCGCCAGACCGAGCUGUCGGGGUGUGGGGGUAGGACGUGAGCCAGGAAUAAAGUUGGCAGUCGAGCAGAAUCCUCACCUGGCACCAAAGAGAAGACCUGAGCCGCCUUCAUCAGCCUGUCUGCAACCUGCCAUGCACUCCAGUGUUUCCUCCGAGCAAUUUGCUUCUCUUGUGCCCAUGCAGAAGAAGCAAGGUGAGAGUAGCCUGAGACUCCCAGGUGAAAAAAACAAGGGGAAACAACGCAGGAGGGCUGCCAGAAGCAACAAGGGUGUAGCUCUGCAAAUUUCAGACACUGCUGUGGGUGAAGAUUGGCAGGCAGGGACUGUGGCUACAGCAGUGUGCUGGGAAGAAACUGUAAGGAGAGGGACGGGACAAGGUCAACAGCUAUUUUUCUCAGGAGCUACUUUACAAAAUAAAUUCUCAACAGGGAUUGAAAGGAAAGAACAUAGCUCAGAAGGACUGAAUCUCUCAGGUUUCCCAGAGAGUUCAGGGAGCUCAGGAAGAAAAGACAUAUAUUCCUUUAUGGAAAUAAAAUUACAAAUCCCAUCCUCAGAGGAGGAAAUUGAGAGUGGAGAGAGACAUGGCAUCUCCUAUUUGCAAAAACCAGAGGUUCUGCAAGCCACAGAGGGCACAUGUAGUACUGAAAUGAAAAACACUGAUUCCAUAACGAUACUGCAGAUGCAAGUCCCAGAUCUUAAGAAGAAUUUGGGGACUCAGGAAUCCUUAUCUGAACCAGAACUUCAGGAAGAGGUAGAUAUGCCAGAGGAGUUGGAUGGAUGUUCUUUCAUUGGGUCAGGAAAGCUAGUGACACAGGAGAAAGGAAAGAGGUGCUUGAGCAAGAAAGACGGGACAUCUCUGAUGCAACCAGAACUACAAGGUGCCAGAGAUGGCCAUAGAUCUGAUUUACUGGGAGUGAAUACACAGCGUCCAGAGUCCAAGAAAGGAGCUGUGAAUCGGAGGAAGAGGGUUAGAAAUGCACUGGUAUCACAGUGCCUGAAGGGUCUAAGUGGCCAAGAACGAUCAACAACCAGAGGAAAUACGAACAAGCGUUGCACGGAAGAAGAGCAGCAGAGCUCAAACCCUCAGAAAGCAGCAGACAGCCUGGGGGAAAGUACAAAGGAAAAAGGGAAAGCAGUUGAGGAAGACACCAGUACACCAGCAGUAAAGAAGCUUAAGACAAAUCAAAACAUCUCAGAAGAUUCCAAGGAAAAGGAACCUUACUACUCUCAAUCUCCUACAGUUGCUACUUUAGGUGGGUCUCAAAGCAAGAGCUUUCGAGGCAAUUCUGUAACAAAAAAAUCUGGUGUGCAGUAUAAGAAAAGGAAACCCAGAAAGGACCAAAUCAGGUGCUUGCAUUGUUCUAGUGUGACUACUACAGCUGAAAAAGUGAGAAAUGUAUCUGAAAAAUGUGAUGCUGAACAUUGCAGAAAUGCCCUAACACAUAGUAACAGCUUGCUCUGUGCAGCAGAAAAGAAUCCAUUUGUGAGAUUAGAGGCCUGUAGUUACAUCAAUACAUUUGUGAAGUCUUCAGCUAGUGGAACUACCAACAGUUUUAAAUUAAGUGGAUUCUUCCAUGUAGCCCAGGAUAAAAGAAAGCAUGUUUUUCCUGAUGGUACUGUAGAACAGAGUGAUAUGAAUUGCAGCACUGGUGGAAUGCAAAAUGAGGAAUUACCCCUAAAAGAUGACUUAUUGUUUAAUAAAGAAGGAACUCAAAACAGAGAUGGGUGUUUCUUAUGCUGUCAGAAUGAAAACAGUAAGUGUUUAAGGGGAAAAAAGUGGAAUAUUGGUAGAAGACCUGGAAAAAAUACUAAAAUUACUGAGAAAUCAGCAGGGAAGAAUAUAUUCACAGACAUGGCUAAUGAAUGCAGUGAGUGUGAGUUACAAACAGAAGCAGCAGUUGCCAUGUCAAGCUCCUUAACAGUUUUAGGGCUAAAUCAUAAAGGAGCUACUCUGUCAGCUUCAUAUGACCAUACAUCAGAUCUUCACAUAGGAAAAAGUACUCAUGAAGCACAAAAUAUAUCAGUCGGGAGAAAGAACAGUACCAAAUUACUUGCAUUUGAAAAUGGCUGUAAGAAUACAUCUGAGCUCUCAGUAAUAGCAAAAGGAGAAAAUUCAAACAGUGUGGCUCAUGAUUCUGCUGCCUCAGGUAGCCUGAGAGUGCUAGCUCCGGUCCAUGAUAUUUUUAAUUGUCACAAAAGCAAGACAGCUGAAAAAUUGAAAAAAGUUAAUAAGAAAUUGCAGCAGAUAACCUGUCAAAGAACAUCACCUAUGACUGGUAAAAAUGUUUGGCCUGUUGAAUCUUGUGCCAGGACUUCUGCAUGGGUUGGUAAAAAUCACGAGUCCAUCUCAGAAGGAAAAAAACUUUUAAGGGCUGACUUUGAGGAAUCCUUUGCUAAAAGCAGUGUUAAAGCUGUAGGAAGAAGUGCUGUGAUUGGGAAUUUGGGACUGUCGAAUUUGCAUAUGACAUCAGUAGAAAUGAGAAAAGAGUCUGCACAUAAAAUAACGGAUCUAAAUACUGAAUGUCUGACUUCACUUAAAACACCAGAAUCCUCUUCCGUGGAUAUUUAUGAGACUUUGAGAGUGAGCAGUGAAAAUGCAAAAUCACCAGUUAAUAUGGAUAGAAGUGCCAUGGUUUUUAACCAGGAUGAUAGGCAAGAGGUUAAGGCAACCUUGAAAUUUACGACAAAACAAAAAGGUGAAAGUAAAGGAGCUGUAACAAAAAGAAACCUGUCUGUGACAGCCCAGAAUGGUACAUCUACAGGUAAUGCGAACCGGAUAAACUUCAGCAAUAAAGCAUCGGUAGUGAAUGAGACAUUUUCUGACUUAAAGCCAGUGAAAACAUUAGAUGCUAAAACCCUGACAAAAUUAAAAAUUCCUUUAUGCAGAAACAAAGCUGAAUCCAGGAAAUUGGAAUCUGUCCAUUCAUUUGAAACAAAACCCGGUAGUCCUCUAGAGCGUCUUGACAGCACUAGUGUUUCAAGAAGUCAGAAGACUUCUGUUCAGAAGUCAGAAGAGACUUUUUUGGUAAAUUCUGAGCAGCAGCCUCAUCCUGGCAUGAGAGGUGCUACAUCUACAGAUCUCAUGAAGAAAAAAGUGAGUGAAAUCAACAGUAAUCAGCAUGAUGGCUUUGAAAACCUCUCGAAGGAGAUGUCUGCGUUCCCUGAACGUUCUUCUUUAUAUCCACAUCCUUUUCUUGACGGACAACUAGAGUCAUCGGUGCCUGAUUUCUGUGGUACUGAACAUGUACUAAAAUCUAAUUUUCCUGAUCAUUCUUGGAAUGCCGUUGACCACCCUGUUGCAUUAGAAAGAAAUGAUGAUAGCAAAUCAAGAGAGAAUCUUUCACAACACAAAAAUCAAAAUUUUGCAGAUAUUCUUAAAGCUUAUGAAGAAGAUGUUCUUAUCAUUGAUGUGAUUCAGGAUGACCCUGACCUUUUUGGAACCAAUAAUGAAGAGCAGGUUCUGAAGUCUGAGUAUGCUGUUAUCUCAGAAAAUAGAGAUUCAGUAGAUGAUCAUUUUAGACACGUUACCAAACAAGAAUCUGAAACAUCAAAUGAUACUGAAAAUUCCUGUGAUUGUGUGCAAAAAGCUAAAGAUAUGCAAACCCACAACUCCUCCAGAGGAAGCAAUCCUUUGGGAGGUGUUACUGAGUACUUUUCUGAAGAUGGGCAACUGAGAGAACUAGAUGAACUUUUAAGCAGUUCUGACAUGAGUGAAAAGUUCAGGUUUGCAGAUGGCGUGCCUAAUGAUAAACGAGAAAAAAAGAGUGAAGCUGGAAAAAGUGACUGUAAAUACGAAGAUCUUGUGAAGUGUGAGUUGCCAUCAGGAGUACCAUUGCAUGCCCCGAAAGUAAAUGUCCUCAGUGAAGAUACAGUGAUGAAACCCCAGACAAAUGAUCACAUAUUUUCAAGAAAAAGUUUGUUACUGCCAUUGCAAAAUGAUGGAAAUUUUGAGCCAUUGAAGAUGGGAAAAAAUGCAAUUGCUUCUCAUUCAGUCCAGCGGAUCCUUGAGAUGUUUGAAUUGCCUCGUAAAUAUUGCAGAUUUUAUUUCAUGACUUUGCAUGGGUGUGAAAGAGCACAAUGUCAAUUUUCGCAUGUUCCUGAACAAGGGGAUGAAAAGAUUUGCAUGGCAAUACUUAGGACAUACAUUAGUACCAAAAAAUCAGUCCUCCUAAAACGUUCAGUCCAAAUAUUUGUGAAAUAUUACAGAGAGGUUACUCCUGGUAUGGAUUUUGCUUCUCAAGUGCUGAAUGAUCUUCUCAUUUCUUUGCUCAAGAACAACUUGUUGCAGGAAGUAUUUCAGAUACUGAAUGUAACUGUACAAAUCAAUACACUGCCAGCUGUAGAUGUUCUUCUGAAAGUUUUUGAACAUGUGGCUUCUUUGAAUAUAGGAGAUGCUGUGCCUACAUUAAUCAGUACCUUUUGUAAGCUCAUUGAUGCUGGUAUGUUCCUCAAGUUUGAGCAUUUUGACUAUAUUAUUAAGUUCCUUCACCAAUUGCAAGUUUCCCAUCGGGAAAUAAAUAUUGUUUUGAACAUAAAAUCCAGAUUUCAGGAAAGACAUCUUGAAGAGAAGUGGCUUUUUAACUUCAACUUGGCAGUGGCUGAAGUUCAGCAUUGCAAGGAAAAAAGUGAUUGGAAUAAGCUGGGAGCUUUGUAUGUCAGUGCGAGAACUGGAUGUGAACAUUCUGAUGAUCUUCAGAAGUUGUCUUUAUGUAUUGCUGAAAUACUAAUCAAAGAUUCUGAGACAGACAGACAAGAAGUUCCUUUUUGUGAUUUUGCUGAUGCAGUAAUAAAAAACUCACAACAUAAUGAAGCAGAUAGAAUUUUCAUUGGAAGGACUGGGAUAAGUGUAAUGUGUUCUUACCACAAAGUACUGAAGUGGAGAAAGGGAAGGAUGGUUUUGGAUAAAUUGUAUGAGCUACAGAUAAAUUUUACAGUCUUGAAAGGAUUUACAGGUGCAGAGAGGUUAGCAUCAAGAUGUCAAAUUGUUAAUAAAGCUGCAGAAAUUUUUCUUAAAACUGGAAAUUUGGAUGGAGCAACACGGGUAUUGAGAGAGUCAGAGUGGACCACAAAUGCACCAUUGUGGCCCUGUGAUGAAAUGGACAUCAUCAAUCGACAGAAUCUGUUAUAUAUACUAGUGCACAAAUACUUGAGGAGGAGUUUAUACAGGCAGGCAUUUGAAGUUCUGCGGAACUUACCAGGUUUUCAAAAUUAUUCUGAUACUGUAGCUGUUUCUCAGUACAGCUGCCUUUUUAACAAGCUGUUAAAUGCCUGUUUUGAGAGCAAGAACCUUGGGGUCUCAUCUUCUGUAGUAGACUUCAUGCUUUCCAAAAACAUAGCUAUUGAAUUUUUUUUACUUAGAGGAUUAAUCACAGCUUUGGGAAGAAGUUGCUUGUGGUCUAAAGCUAGGACCUAUUACAAAAGUGCUUUAUUAUGGGGUUGCUACCCACCAAUGCAGGGAAAUUCAUAUCAGAAACUUUUGAUGAUUCCAUCUUAUCUGUCUGAGGUUGAGAUGCUGUUGAGAAUGGAAAUGUUUCUUGUUUCAAAUGCCUGUGAUAUUCAAAGUCCAAUUGCUAUUCGUCAGACUCUUCAAAUAAUACUGAAAAGAUGUGAAGAUCAGAAAGUUCAGAAUAACAGUGACUAUCACGCGGCAGUGGAGAGACUGAGUCUGGCUGCUCGUAUAUCUGAUCCAAAGCUUAUUCUUAAGCAUAUGACAAUGAAUAUUAAUAUGGAAGAAGUUUACAGCUUGGAGCAUACAUCUGCUCUAAAAUGGCUUCAGGAAAAUAUGAAAUGGGCUGGGAAGGUCUGGCUGUUUCAGUAAUCAUUAAAUAGUAAAGAUCUUAGGGUUUUAAUGGUUAAAGCAGUCAUUGUUAUAAUACAGAUUAAUAAAGGCAGUUCCCAUGUGUUCAGACUGUGCAUUACUGAUUUACAGCAAAGCUUCAAACUCAAGUUGUGUUUCUAAAUACUUAUAUUGAUGAUAAUGCAGAUAGUAGCACAGUAGAAACAGUAUUUUUUUUCCCUAACUGUAUAGAUUGUCACACUGACUUACACAAGUGUUUUGUAAUGGCAUCAUUAGAUAAUGAGGAAGCUGCAGCCUCAGAACCUACAUUCUCCUAUUUUAUGGAGAAUCUAGCACUGUUACUCUUUUCCCAGCAGGUGAUCAUAUGUAAGUGCAUUGAUUGAGUGUUAUCUGCUGUUCUUUGGUGAGACUUUUUUCACGUUACUUCCAAGUCUGUAGAAUACAUGUUUCCUUUUGUCUUCCUCGCAAUAUCUUGUGAGGAUAUUGUUCCAUCUGUGUGCCCCUUAGAUCUUAAUUUUCUUACUCCAAAAACCAAGUAAAAAGCACUGGGAAUAACUUAACUUCAAAAUCACUUGAGACAUGCCAGACAGGAUACCUUCCUUCACAUAACUGAGAGAGUCUACACAAGUUGCUCACAGCUGAAGCUUUAGUUGUGUCUUGAUAGUAACUUGUAUAUGGCUUCACAUUUGUAUAUAUGCAUACUUCCACUGAUACGGAAAACUUGCUUUCUUGAUUGUGUUCUAAGAAGGAAGGUUUUGCCCAUUUUUUAGUUUCUGCCAACUGCAUGAUGAGAUGGAGGCUUCUAGCAAGCUGGUUCUAGCAUUAGUGGUUCUUCAGGAAUUCUUUUUUCUGCCUGCAAAUCCUGAAUCAGAUUUGGAGCAUGAAUUAUGUAAGUCACACUUCUUAUACUGAUCUGCAGCCUGAGUAGGAAGAACCAAACAUUUUUUAUUGGAAAACUCUUGUGACAAAUCAGUGGGACCUCUGUCAAAGUUGAUGCUUGCCUGAGCUCCCCACUUCUGUAGUGUUAAUUUAGAUCUCCAGUACCAACCUUCACAAACAUGCCAGUAAUACAUCUCUUUUGGUCCUACUCUCCAUCCCCUUUAGAGGUUUUUUGUGAUGAAAAUUUUUUCUCUCUUGGGUAUAGAAGUUAAUGGGUUUUUAAGGCUAUUCUGUCUUAAGUGAGAUCAAGAUUGUAGCAUAUGCCCUCAGUGUUUGAAAAAUCGUUCCCUCCUUUGGGGCACCAUGAGUCUCUUCCCAGUUCCAGCAGCAUUAUUGCAGGUGUCCCUCAUGCCUCUGAAUCAUGAAAUCUGUCAGGAUCUUAGCACUGGAUGGUUGUGGAGGGUUUUGGAGGGAUGUCCAUGGUUCUUUGUUUGGAGGGGUAGACACCCUAGUCUUGAGGUUCGUGCCAUUAACCUGAUUGACAGUUGUUAGAUUCCUGACCCUCUUCAGGGUCGGGUCCUGACCCUUUUUGAUACCACUCUUUAACUAGUCUGUCUGGGAGUUGCUGCUGGAAGAGAAAGGAUUGAAUCUGGUGACCACCAGGGUCACUGCCUUCCUCCUAUGCCACUUGUACAGAAAAAUGGAAGAAUAGAGGCUCCUUUGUUUUCAUAGGGUAUCAUUCUUUAGUAAGUAUUUCAUUUGCUUUCUUUCUAAAAAAUGGUAGAUUCAGUACUAAAAAUCAGAUGGUGUUUCUUUAAAAUCCCCUUACCUCAGAAUUCUCCUUGAAGAACAGUUGGCACUAGUUCAAAGAGACUUUGGGUUCCACCACUUUGUGUUCACCAGGAUGGCUCUGCCAUUUGUAAGGCUGUUUACCUGGUCAAAUCCAAUAGCAUUCUGCUACUUAGUUUCCCAUUAGCUGAAAGACUGGGUAAGAAGUGAUCAGGUUUCAGAUGAGGUCUCUAAACUGUUGUUCUUCCAGCCACCCCAGCAUUAGUGGGCAAGAGCAAUUUUGGAAGGUGUCAGCAAACUAAAACUGGAAGUGAAAAACUAAGUCAUUUUUUGCUAAUUACUCAUUGUAAGAUCCUUUGUAGCUUAAUCUCCCUUGGAAUUAGACAGAGGCUAUCUGAACCUCAGCUAAAUCCCACAUUUCUGUAAGCAGUACCACAUGUGGCUAAUACUGUUUGAGACACACAGAAGGACAGAAUUCUCUUAGUAAUCUAUAGGACUUCAAAACUUGGGGUGUUCUAGAGACAGCAUUAUUUUUUCCAUUAUAAGCAACUUUGAAUUUUCACUUGGAUCAUCCCCAGAAAAAAAUUCCAAAUGUUGCUUUGUUUUUCAGACAGAGGUUAAUCAUUGAUCUUCUAGCUUAACUUGGAACUGUGUAAAAUUGGUGCAACGUUUUGGCUCCAUCUCCUGAGUAUCAUCCUCGGCUGAAGGAUGCAAUCUCAGUCAUGUUUUAUAUUAACGAGCAAAGCAAGCUCCCCAUAUCAUUGCUCAGAAGUUUUGCUACAACUGGUGGAUCUCAUGUUCUGUCAAUACAGUGUUUCUCCCUAUCACCAUAGGGCUAGGCAAUUUAAAUAACAGUUUAGUUGUUAAGUCUGGUAUUUCACAUUUUUGUACCGUCUGGGUCCACUUGAAAUACCGUACAAUUUUGAUGUGUAUCAAAAUACCAGGAAGGUUUCUUGAGCAACAUUCUCAGUACUAUUUUGGUGACAGAAAUUCCAUGUGCUAGACAAGACACAAUCCAAUGUAGGACAGAAACAAUCCUGGAAAGAUGAAAAAAUAUUCCAAACAAAGUUAAGUACAA